AACAGGCUCUGCGAUGUCGACGGUAGUCGCCCUUUUGUUUGGUGUUGUGGUCGGUGGUCUCCAGGAGCGGCGGGACGCUUGAAAAGAGGAGCUGAAACCGUUCUCUGUCGAGGGCUACAUAAAUGCCGCCCAAAAAGCAGAAGGAUGCCACUGCCAACAUCUCCAGCUCACUGGAGUCUGAGGACAUCAGUCUGGAGACCACCGUGCCCACGGAGGACAUCUCCUCUUCGGAUGAAAAGAACGGAUCUCGGAAGGUCACCAAGCAGUUGCUAGAGAGAAAAGAGCUGCUCCAUAACAUUCAGCUCCUGAAAAUAGAGCUGUCCCAGAAAAAUCUCAUAAUUGAUAACCUCAAAGUGGAACACCUUACCAAAAUUGAGGAGUUGGAGGAGCAGCUGAAUGACGCUCUGCAUCAGAAACAGGUGCUGGCGCUUCGGCUGGACAGCCAGCUCAAACUCCAGCAGGAUGAAAACAGAAAGCAGCAGGCUUUGAGGAAACAGGAGAUGGACAGCAUUUUGCUGCGACAGAAACAGCUGGAGGAGACCAACAGGCAGCUGUGUGAGCGAGCUGGGGACAUCCGCCGCAGCCUUAGAGACAUAGAGCUGAGCGAGGAGAGAUACUCAGAACUGCGAGAACUUCCUGAGGACAAGCUCUCCAUCCCUGAAUAUGUGGCAGUACGCUUCUAUGAGGUGGUGACUCCUCUGAGGGCUCAGGUGACCGAGCUGCAGGUAAAGAAGAACAGUGUGAGUGAUGACCUGGACAGCCAUCGCAGCCAAAUCAGAUCCCUAAUGGAGAGCUAUGAGGAGGAAAGAAGGGCUCGCUCAGAGCUUGAGAUCCGCUGUCAGAGAGUGACUCUGGAAUUGGCCGACACCAAGCAGCUUAUACAGGAGGGCGACUACAAACGGCAGAACUACGAUAAAGUUAAACGAGAGAGAGAUGGCUAUGAGACAGAGGUGAGAGAGCUGAGAAAGAAGCUAGAGAUGAUGGACCUGACGCAGACAGCCCUGACCAAAGAGAGGAAUGACCUCAGUAAAGAGGUUUCUACUCUGCAGCAGUCAGUGACUCUCCUCCAGAAAGAUAAGGAGUAUCUGAACAGGCAGAACAUGGAGCUGAAUGUGCGCUGUGCCCAUGAGGAGGACCGCUUGGAGAGACUGCAGAUCCAGCUGGAGGAUACUAAGAAGGCCAGAGAGGAGGCUUAUGACAAAUAUGUGGUUUCCAGGGAUCACUAUAAGACCGAGUACGAAAACAAACUGAGGGAUGAGCUGGAACGCAUUCGCAUGAAGACCAGCCACGAGAUCGAGAGCCUGCAGCGCACCUCCAAGGAAAUGUACGAGAGAGAGAACAGAAACCUUCGGGAAGCACGAGAUAACGCAGUCCUUGAGAAAGAGCGAGCUGCGAGUGCGGAGAGGGACAUACAGGCCAGAUAUGACCAGCUCCUAGAGCAGUUGAGGCAGCUGCAGCUGAACUCUGACAGUAGGGUGUCUGAGCUGCAGAACCAGAUGAAGCUGAAGGCUUUUGAAGUGGAGCGCGCCCAGAUGGUUCAGGAGGAAACGGCAAAAAACCUCAGCCUCUGCCAGAUAGAGUGCGAGAGGCACCAGAAGAAAACUGAGGUUUUGACAAAGGAGUUUUACGCGCUGCAGGCGUCAUCAGAGAAACGCAUUGCCGAACUUCAGUCCCUUAGUGCCGAGCAGGAGAAGCGCCUAGAGAUCUAUGAGAAGCUGGAGAAGGAGCUGGAUGACGUCACCAUGCAGGCAGCAGAAAUUGAAAAUGAAGAAGAGGCUGAGAGGGUGCUGUUUUCAUACGGUUAUGGAGCGAAUGUGCCGACGACGGCCAAGAGGAGACUGAAGCAGAGUGUUCAUCUGGCUCGAAGAGUUCUGCAGUUGGAGAAACAGAACACACUGCUGAGGAGAGACCUAGAGAGACGCUCUGCCCACACAGAGCAAAUCACUGAAGAGUUGCAGACAGCCAAUCAGCUUCUUCAGCAGUCCCAACAGCCAUACAGUUACCUAAUAGAAACGGUUCGUCAACGGGACACGCAGAUCCAGUCACUGAAAGAGCGCCUCUCACAGCUAGAGGAGGAAGUGAGUGCACUUAAGAAAGAGAAGACAGCCCUCCUGCAGGUGAAAAACAAUAUGGCUGCCGAUCUGGAGCGGCUCCUGAGCCACAGAGAGGAGCUGUCUGUGAUGAAGCAAGUGCUGGUCAGCAUGCGUUCACGGCAGCAUGGGGAACCUCUGUCCACGUCGGAACCAGAGUUUGUCCGUACUGGAACAGCUGUACGCCUGCCCAGGGAGUCCAGCAAAGCCACAGACGAGGAGCAGUACCAGCCCAGACCCAAACCCACUGUGUUUACCAAUAAAGAAGUCCCUGAAUGGUACAGGAAGCUUAAAGUGAAGCCCAAAUAAAGAACGGAGCCUUGAUUUACCCACAUGUGACCACGAAGAAGGCGAUAUAAGUGCAACUUACUUCAUGACUGUGUAGUGUUUUUGUUUUUGUUUUUGUACAUUCAAUUCUGUACAUUAUUGUUUACCUGAAAUCCAUUUUGUAUUA